UGUGUACUAGGAACUUCAUAUCGCAAUUUGAGUUUGUUUUUAAUCUACAUGUAUCUCGUCUCUUUGUCAGAUGUGCCCCUGUAUCAGGUUGAAUGAUUCCUUUAGCUCACUCUAUUAUUUUCUUCUAUUUGUGUCUUGCAGAUAUUGAUUGAUAACAUCCUAACAGCCAUGGACAGUCCAAAGACCUUCGACAUGGCGGAAGAUGUCAGAAUGUCUCCUAAACUCUCAUCCAGAAGAAAAAGGAGUCGCCCUGUGAAGUUCAAUCAAGAUUAUAUCAUGACAGACGACUUGCCCAACAACUCUGGCUACCUUUCACCAGGCUCUGCUGAGAAGGAGUCUUAUGAGAAUCCUGAGAGCUUUAUGACAGCAGGCCCGGGCGAUUUCCUAAAAGCUGAUGAUGUAUCGCCUCCUUCCUCUCCAGAGAAAAUCCACAGACAGGUCACUUCCAUUCGAGAUGUCUCCUUGAUGAAGGGUACUGCUGCCAAGAGGGUCAAGUUAGAAGAAAACGGCCCUCAAGAUUCCAGGACAAUGGAAGGCAAUACAGAUGGACAGCAGACAACCUUCUCAAGUUUGUUACAUACAUUUGCAUCUCAGGUGAAUAAUCGUGUUGAAAACAGUGAACGUCAGUCUCCUUACAGUGACUCUUCUGUUGCCCCUAAAACUAUUUGGCCCGUGACAACUUCUAUCUCUACUACGCCACAGGGCAUGCAUCAAAGAGCGCAUUCAGACACUUCUGUGCAAAGGCAUUCAAAUUCACCAUCAUCUACUAACACCAGACAAGGCAUGUCCUUCUCUGGCAUGUUGCAAAACUUUGUAUCUUGCGUGAAUGACUCUCCUCCAACCACAAAGGCCGCUCCUCCACCUCUUUCAUCCCUGAAAUCCUUGCUUACUCCAAAUCAACAACCCGUUGUUCCAGCGAGGUCAACUCCAAACAGCCCUUUCACAGGGAAUCUGUCUGCACCUGCAGGCAAAGAGCAACAGUCCUUUGCAGGUCUCCUGCAUAGCUUUGCAUCUGUAGUGGACAAAGGUAACCAGGAGUCUCUUCAAGGUAGAAGGCAUCGGCUAGGAAGUGAUCAUAGAUCGAGUCCGGCUGGGCACGAGCAUACGCAGAAAGGGCCAAAAUCCCUUCUUGAUGUUCUUCAUGAUACCAUUUCAAGGAGAGUAUUAGAAACUAUCCCCUCGCCCCCGCAGGAUGAAUCAAGCCAACAAACAAAAUAUUCCCAUUCUGCUCACAACACGCAGUUAGACAAGGUCAUGCAAUUCAACAUGGACAUUCCAGCUCAAGCAAAGGUACCACAAAGCCAAGAAGUGAGAAGGGGUAAUAUGGAAGAUGGCAUGUCUGUAAAGUCACUCCAAGUCAAAGGUGGUAGAGGUGAACCUGAAGAGGAACUGCAUCCCAACAGUCACCAGUGGAGUCACAUUAGGAAUGUUCUUCCUCCUCUUGAUGAUAAUGAGGAGGAUACAUACCUUGGAAAUAGACAACAGUCUCAGUCAGAUAAUAGCAUGUAUGCUCUCCCAAAUAUCAAGACUGAACCUCCAGACGAAGAACCCAGUGUGGAGUCCAGUUUCAGUCAAGAAGAUACCGACCAGCCGAGAGAGUAUUUGCUAAGUGGCACAGCAAGCCAAGAUGAUGAUUAUGAACCAGAAGACAGUCCACUUCACAUAACAAUCAAACAAGAACCCCUUCAGAGCACAUCAGGCAAUGAGUGGGAAAUGUCAAAUAAUGUGAAUUCCACUUUGAGGGAAAGACUCCUUAUGAGAAUUGAAUCAAGACAAUCCCUUCAUCAGUCUCCAUCACAAUCCAGUAGUUCCACACCACCAGCAGAGACACAGCAAACUCAGAAACAAGAGCAAAGAAAUUCAAACCAAUUGCCAGAUGAGUCAUCUGGGAAUAGAGAACCGGUGGCAAAUAGAGGAUUAGUUUCACAGUUGUUGAGCAGUGAGAAUUCUUCCACCUGGAGAAAUAGGAGUUCUGGCUCCUUUGCUGAUCUUCUGCACAAUAUAACAUCUUCAAUGCUGGAACAGGAUUCUAAAGAUGACAAGAAAGAAUCAUCCCAGAGUAAUCAGAAAUCAAUAAAGCAAGAGCCAGUGAUGAGUGAUGAAGAACCUGAAUCAGGAUCUGUCCAAGACUUUCAGUCAGCCCAAGGGCAGGUUGGUUCUUUAUCACUUACUUCUUUGCUACAAAAAGAGCGUACAAGCCAUUUGCAAGAACCGGUGGAGAAGAAAAAAGUUCCACGUUGUAUUUCCAGACUUCUCGUCGGUCCUUCGCAUUCUUCUGGCCCCAGAGAUCUUGAAUUCUCAGAUGGGAAAGGAACAAGAGCUCAAAAGAAGAAACUGGUAUCCUAUGUUGAUCCCCCAAGUCUGUCUUCUUCAAGUUUGUCAUCAGAUGACGUAGAUCAAAACAAUACACCAGAUGUCCACCCUCCUACUUCGAGACUUUUAAUUUGUUCUCGCUCUGGAACGAAGCAUUCAAAUUCAAUGAAGCAUCGAUGGAAGAGAGGUCAAAGAUAUGGCCUCAAAAUCAAACAAGGAUGGCCUAGCAAGAGGAGGGAUGACCUUCAGAAGCGUAGUGAACUAAGAAGUGUGCAUGCCACUCAUAAGCCAAGUACUUUGAGACGUAAUGAAUCCAGCCGUCACAGUACCACCUCAACUGCUGAUGGAAGAAAUUUGGAAACUGAUACAAUGUCCUUCACAGAUAUCCUUCAGAAACUUGCUCAGAAAUGCCAAGCUGGUGGUCAGGAUCCUUCACUGCAAGGAUCAUUUGAGCAGCAUGUGAAUAAUCCUGAAUUCUGCUCAACUCCUAACCAGACAAAUUCUUCUAUGAGUAACAGACAACAAGUUAGUGGUGGAGGAAUGUCUCCUCUCCACCCAGAUGUGCUCUCCAAUGUUCCUAGUUCUGCAAACCUUAAGAAUCUCCUGCAAAAGAGCUCUCUGUCUCAGGUGCCUCCCAAAGUUCAGUCUCCUCCCUCAGGGGCUCCUUCUACUUCUGGUACAUCAAGAGAUGUCUCCUUUUCAGAUAUUAUGCAGAACAUGGCCUCCACAGUCACCAAGAAAAAAGGAACUUCUACCGUUUAUGAAGAUCUUCGCACCCUUAAUCCCCCUGCCCCUUGGAUCAAAUCCAUGUCAGGAAAUUGGUUGCGUUUCAUCCUCUUAGGUGAAGAUGAAAACCCAAGAAUCAACAUGUCGGUUUCCAUUAACUUAUGGAACACUAUCAAUGAGGUCAAAAUCCAUUGCCACCAUAUAGAAGUCCCAGCCAAUCACUGGAUAUUCCGAAGGUUUGGUAAACGCAUUCAUACUAAAGCUGCUCUCCAAGGUGUCCUACAGGCCAUCUCUAAUGGAUGCUCUGUAUGUGAGGGAACAACGCGGGGUGACCUUGUCCACAUGUACCGCAAUAAGCUGGCUUCGACUUCUAGAUGGCAAGCAGCUGCGCUCCUGGAGGACAGCUUUGGAACAGCAACCAUACGCUCCAGCCAGUGUGAGCUCCUUGUUUCUGGAUUGAGGCGCUCCAGAGAAAAGAGGUGCUCAAAGUGCUCCAAGUUCGUGGAUCGAAAGCUUAAGGCAGUUAUGUACCACAUGAAAAAGAAGCUUGGUAUAAGUUAAGAUCUGUUUCAUCCCAACUAUCUUGAAACAAAGCACUAUAUACGUCAAGUCUAUUCAGUAAACAGUUGGAUAGGUCCCAUUUGCACAGGAAUGGCAAAAAGUCUUUAAUAUUUGUUGGAGCCCAAAAUACAAACCUAUUUUACUCCUGUUUUAUUUCAAUUUUUUGCAUUUGGAUCCUUUGAGCAUAGGUUGAGCAUUGUGUAAAAGCAAGCAUUUGCUGUAAUAUGUAAGUGGACUAUAACAUAACCCUUACUGAUCUUGGCCAUUUUAAGAAUCUCUGAUGGAAGGGGGGGGGGGGGCUAUGAUCUUGGCCAUCGACCCACUUUGCGAAGAAAAGAAAUCAAACAUCAGCACGUAUAUCACCAGUGAAACACCAACCAUGUGUUUGGUUUUGGCUAGUUCUUAGUAGUCAAGAAUUCAGAAUGUUGCCAUAAUUUUCAAGGGAACUUGGAGGUAGAAAGUUUUUAAUUAAAAAAACCACCCCCUUAAAAAAGAUUGAAAUACUAUUCCCUAAAAUAAAUUGUAUGCACCAUUUGAGCAGUACAAUGUAAAAGGUCUAUUGAAAUAAUAGAGAAAAUUAAAAUGAGCAUACAUUGAAAAUUUCAUCAAAAUCGAUAAAAAGAAAAAAAAAAUUAUGACAUACUUUCUGCUUUUUAAUUUUGCAAGACAUUUAUAACAUGCACAACACAGGUUAUAUGUAAAUGAGGGAGCCUUUUAUUUCACACACAACCUACAUGUAUUUUGAAUCUUAUUGAAAUAUCUUAAAAUUUCAGAAUAAAUGAGCUCUUUAUGUAAUUAUAGCCAAAGAUUCCAGAUAUUCAAGGUGGACUCGUGUUUCACAUUUUAGGAGCCAUUCAUAUUGCAUUAUAGAAAUACAUGUAGAGAGUGUGUGGUGUUAACCGUUUGUUUAUUUACAUACCCUCAUGUUGUACGUAAUAUGUUCUGUAGAAAUAAAGAAAACCUAAAAAUGCUAUGCUACCACUUUCUAACUUCACUUCCGAUAUUCAGUGUAAAGGUUGUAUUUUAUUUAUGUUUUUUCAAUUCAACUUUUUUCCAGGGGUUCACUUGGUUUUAACCGAGUCACUAUUACUUGCAAAAUUGUAUCGGUUUAAAGAUUCUGAAUACAAUGUGCUCUCAAGUGUGUUCUCAUUGGCUAUGAAAUUACUUUAUUUUCAAGUAAUAACUCUUGUCACUUUUCCAUGGAUUUUCCCUUUGGACAAAACUCAAAAGUGAAACUGUCAUAAAAAUACAUUUUGUCCUGUCUUCUAGCUUGACAUAUUAGGUAUUGUUGUGUGAAUACAUGUACAUUUAAUCAUGUAUGUAAGGGGUUAGUGUGAUAUGUAUAUAUCUGGAUAUUUAUUUUGGUUCAAUUUAUUUUGUUAGAAAAUGCUGUGCAAGUAUAAAUAUACUAUUGUAAUUCAAAAGUCAGUUGAAUAGUUGAAUGAAAUAUUUUUUUUGGUUAACGAAUGACUUGAUUUUGUGCAAUCAUGUGUUGGAAUUAUUUUUUAAAGUAUUGGAUGAGUUGUUUAAUAGAACAUAUGAUAUGAAUUCUAGAUGACAUUGCCCUAUUAUUAGAGGGGUUUAUUUUCAUGUUUAUGAGACCAUGUUUAAUUUUGGAUCUCUGUUACGUUGUAUCAACUUUGUUUAAAAAAAGAAACAUUCUGUACAUUAUAUGUGUGUAAAGUUUACCUACAUAUCUUGCUGUGUAUAUAACUUCAUUGAUAUUUCAUUCUUGAGGCCCCAGUGAUCUGCUCCAACAUUUUGAUAUGACUGACAAGCUGUUAUUUGUAAGAACAAAUCAAGUCUUGUUGGUAUAUUUGAAUAAAAUGUUUAAGCUUUUUAAUUUUGAAAGGUGAUUUGUACAUUAAGGGUUAUAAAGAUCUAUCAAAAUUUAUUUACAUUAGCAGGGGUAAGUGGUGGAUUGUGUUUGUUUAUCCAGGAAAACAUAGGUGUUCAUUCUGAUCGAGGCACCUUGACUUUUUUUUAAAGAUAAUUUCCAUAUGCCAGCCAUGUAUUUUUUUAAAGUAGAGAGUGGGGUCAUUCUGUGUUACUUCCGGCAAUGGGCUAAACCGUUCCGACUCUGAUUUGGUAUAUUGGGUAUAGUGCGCCUUGCAAUUUUUGCGCCAUGAACGAUGAUGCAACUCAAGGAAUUCUUUAAACCCGCAAAAAAGUAUUAGUGCAGUUUCGCAUUCUCAUCAUGAUCGAUACUUUUUUCCUACCUGGAGCCCUGUUCGAUAUCAGUUGUUGAAGUAGACAAAGUAUGAUUAUUCAGCUAAUCUGCGUGUAAGAUAUCUGCUUCAUCAGUAGUGGAGAUGUUUAAGAACUUUAAUCAUGAAAUGUACAAAUGCUUUUUUAAUUCGCAUAUAUCUGAACUUAUGACCGCAUUGUAAAUAUUAGGAAUGGGAAUUCCUGUUGAGUGAUGUGUAUAUAAUGUAAGUUUGAUUAUAAUUUAAGUGAAUUAUAAUGUUUAUUUCUAGUAUUCAUGGGUGCAAAUAACAAGGCUUUGCUCUUUGUUAUUGAUACUGUAAAUGUAGUUUGGUGCUGUAUAUUUUUUUCCUCUACUUUUUCAUCCUCUUCCAUUUUAUCCAGAAAUGACCGAGGGUGUAAUUCCUGACGAAUUGGGUGUGGCAAAAAGUGGCUCUAAAAUACCAAAAUGCAUGCAGAAUAUAAUGCAUCACUGCAUUAGUGAAAUCAUGCUUUAACCCUAAACAGGCCGGGGGGGUUGAAUCAACCCCCCCUCAACAUUUUCUGCGAUCAUUCCGCCGCGCGAAAUAUUUUGACCGCGCCACUUGCAGCGCUUAUACUUUUAAGUCUCGCGCAUCUUUUGAGACCAAAUUUACGACGCCCGGGUACGUGGUUCCGAAAUUACGCAACAUUUCGUAAGUGCAUGUCAGACCAAAAAUUGUUCCAAAAUGUGAUUUUGUGUACAAAGUCAAUGCAAAUUGAGUUUUCUCAUCUUAUUCAUAAAGAUAUGAUUAUUUUUACCUUAAACAGCUGAAAUCAAUUGAUUUAAGCAUAAUUAUACUUCAAAAAUGUUGUGCAAUAAAUCUGGUGAAAAAAACAAAAGGUUGAAAAACAAAAAAAUACAUAAGAAAUUCAUUUAACAAUAAAAUACAUAAGAAAUUGAUUUCCAAACCGAAGUUUUUUUCAAUUGCGAUUGUUAAAAAUGCUCCAAAGAAUAUUUUUACCAAAAAUUAGCAUUCUAGGAGCUUUAUUUAGUGAAUUAGAGCAAAAAGUAUGGUUUAUGCAUAAAUUAGCAUAAUUAAUUCAUAUACCGGUAAGAUAAAAUCUCACUAUUUUGGAAAAUUUUACCAUACUGCCUUGUAUAUUACACCGCGCACUACCAGCGUGCAAAUUUUUGUGGCGCUUGCGCGGUCGGCGGCCGAGAUCUCAGGGGGGGGGGUUGAAUCAACCCCCCCCCCCCCCCGGCCACAGAGCAGCCAAAAAAGCCCGGCCUACGUGUAGUUAGGGUUAAUAGUAAGCCCUUGCUACUGCAUUGUCAUCAUUAAAAGUUAUUCCUUUCUGUGCGCUGGCAAGCAUGACUUAUGACCACUCUUGAAUUCUUUAUUUUUUGCAUGCCCAAUAAGCUUUUUCUAAAGACUGGAUUUCUCAGAUACUUAGAAAGAAUGGAACAUACUUCUUUUUAACCUUAAGAAGUUGGGAGGAAAGGGAAAGAACAAAAAAGGUACAUAGCUACAUGUAUUUAUUAGGAUUUACCUAGCAAGUGAAUUUUCCUUUUCUUUUUACCUAUACCUAAUUCUUGUGAUCAUUUUCAUUUUUGUAUAUCAAGAAAGCUGCAAUCUUGUACAUAUAUUCUCUUUUUGACUCACUGAUUUUACUCACGAUAGACAUAUCUAAAUAAUUGAUCUGUUGGACCUUUUCUUUGGUUAAGCCUUGUUGAUAUGCUCUGUGUAUAUUUUAUGAUUUAUUCUUUGAUACUAGUAAACUAGAUGUUCUAUUCGUUAUCUCAAUUAACAUGUGCAAUUAUUUUUGAUCAAUUAUUAAUUUUUAUGAAGAAAAUGUUUAUAUUGGUUAUGGGCUUGUUUCUCUAUUAAUAACCCUGUGUUUUAUUUUGAUUUUAUUUGAAAUUGUUGGGAUUAAUGUAUAGGGUUACUUACAAUGAAAAGCUCUACACAUUUUGAAUCAAAUGCCUAAAUCCAACUUAAUUGAGAUAAUUUAGAAUUGACUCGUUUGAAUAUUAUGUAUGACAAUGAAUAUAAGGAAAAUAUGUAAUUGAUUGUACUUGUAGUCCUGGUGUGUGUUUCAUAAAGCUGUUCGUAAGAUAAGAGCGACUGUAAGAACGACCGGUGAUCCUAUCUUUUGGUAAAUGCUAUACACCAUUGGCGAUAGUUAAGCACGUAAGAAAGGUUCACCAGUCGUUCUUAAAGUCGCUCUUAACUUACAAACAGCUUUAUGAAACGGCCCCCUGCAAUUUCUAAGGGUCUUGUGGUUGCUCUUUUGACUGGCUUGAUUUCUCAAUAUCUCAGUUAAUUCAGUUUCAUUAUUUUUUAAGGUCAUUUUUAACUCAAUUACUCUAAUUCAUUGUUAAUCUUAGUUUUUUUAACAUAUUUUUUCCCUUAUUUAUUAAUGCUUUUAUGUUCUCAUGAGAUACAUCAUACAUGUAGUGUGUUGAAUUUAGAACUAUGCUGCAUCUAAACACCUCAGUUUUAUUACCGAGAUAUUAUUUUUUAACGUUCAUAUCUAUAUAGCAUUAGAAGAAGAAAAAGAGAUAAAGUUACAAAGCAUAUAAUGAUGCUAUUAAAAAACUUACUUUAUUGUACCCAUUUGUAUUAAUCUAAAUUUGAAUUGUUUUGUGGAAUUCUCUUUUUAGUUGUGAAUAUUUUUUUACAAUUGCAAUCAUUGAAAACGAAAGGGUGUUAACAAUUGCUUUGACUGUGUUAUGCUCAAUUUAAAGUGCCCUGUACUUGUGCAGAAAUGCAGCAUAUAUGCAAUUUGUCUUUGUGUCAGUUUCAUGCACUAAUGUUGAAAAUAGAAAAUAACCUCAGAUCAUGUUUGGUUGUAUUUCUAUCAUUAUAAUCAAGAAAUGAUCAAAAUUGUAUUAACUUCCAAACAGCUAGUUAUUGGGUUACUAUAUGAAAUGUUCUUUGUCCAAUAUGUCGGGUUACUACUCAAAUUUUCUAUAUCCCACAAUUUUUACAUUUGAUAAGGUUCUGUAACCUUACGAUCACAAGUGAUGAAGUUGAAUUCAAAGCUUUAAUUUGUAUAUAAAAGAUAUCAUCAUUUAGGCAGCGAGGGGUGGAAUUUGAUAGAUGUAAUCACAGCUGCUUGAUCAUGAUAAUCAGAAGUUAAGGCUUUAGGCCUUAUAAUACCCAAUAACUUAUUUUGCGCAUAUACGCCUCCCUGAAACAGAUACACAUGUGAGCUCCCAUAGUGAGCUAGCAAGAAGACUUCCACUGCCUAUACAAUUGCUAUAGAUGUGCAUUCUUCUUGCUUCUCAUCAAAAGUUCUUAUUUUCUUUCACACUUUUUUUUGUCGACGUUUGAAAAGUCCUUUGAAAAGUUGUCAAUAUGUUGACAAAUUCUUGUACCAUGUCAUACGUGUAUGCAGGUAUUUUGAAGUACAUCGUGCUUUGCUCUACCCGGCAUUUUUUCAUGAUCAGGCGAUUGUGAACACUUCCAUUGUGUGCUCAGAAGCCUGCCUUUAACCUUUAUCUCAAUCUGACCCCUUUGAUUAUCUAGCACAAAGUCAUGUCAAAGGUCACACUGUACAUUGAUCUGAUCAAGAAAACAAUGGGUUCACCGCAGUGGCUGCUCAGCAACAGUGGUAUGCAUUGUCAAUGGUAGAAGGGGAUGAACUUUGAUCCUCUUUCAGUGUACAGCUAGUCAGCUACAUGUAUCUAGCUAUGAUGCAUCAUAUGCUGUGUGCAUGAAUGAGGAAGUGAGAAAAGAUUAAGGAUGGAAGAAAUGCUUUAUACAAUACCACAUUCAUCAAAAUAUUGUAUUUUCACAGGAAUUUUGUUGAAAAUUAACAAACAAGUGGUUGAUUACCAUUGUGAUAUCUGUCAAUUAUCCAAAUGAUGUAAAAUGGCUCAGCUGAGUACAACUUUCCGUGCAAUGUAGAUUCAAAUAACCUGGAAAACUCAAACUUCUAAAUAUGAUACAUUAUCAAAAAUUAAAAGUAAAUUCAUGUGCAUUGAAACAUGUUCAUGUUAGGUUAAGCUUUGGCUUGUUACAUGGUUAAACUAUGAUUGAAUAGAAGUCUGCCAUCCAGUCAUUAAAUUAUUAAAGGCUUUAAGCAGUCUUUUUUUUCUCUCUUCUAUUUAUAAAGAUUAUGAUAAUUCCUCCAUUACAUUAAUUCAUAGCCCCAAGUCUACUAUGCAGUUUAUAUGAUUUUCUUACAAACUGCAAUGUUUAUAAAAAUAUGACCCCACAACUUUCCACACCAAGAAAGAAAAAAAGAUUGUCAUAAGAUUGUCAUUAUUUGUUUUAAAAAAGUUUGUAUUCUCAGUUUUAUGGAACAAUGUGUGGAAAAUUAACAAAAUAUAAAAUAUCGAAUUUGUGGUUAUUUACAUGUAGUUCAGGUGAAUUAACGUUAUUGCAGUUUAAUUUUACAGAAAAUAUGAGAUCAUAUCAGCUUGCAAAACUACAACAAGCAAGAAUUUUGAUCAUGGAAGGCAUUGGGAUACAUAUGUACAAGUGAUGUGAUCUUACAGUAUUUGCAAAUAAAUUGCAAGGGGAAAUGUUAAA